ACAAAGCUCAAUAAAAAUAUCAAGUAACUUGUUGGAAAUUUUUAUGAGUAGCCUACCAAAGAAGUCACCAGCUUACUUCACGGGCCAGCGCCUUACUGCGGUCAGUGAAGAAACUACCAGCCACUCCGGAACGGUGUGCGGCAGGCAGAUACAUUGUAGUUUUGCUAGGCUGCUAGCUACCAUACGCUUCAACAGUCGACCUCUGAAGGCGUUGAAGAGAGCAAAUAUGGAUGUGAAUUUUUUGAACGUCACCUAACCGUUCAAGACAUGACAUGCACACUGUGUUUUCAGAACUGCCAAAGUAAAUCAAGAGUGGUGGGCAGACAGGCGGCAUGACUGAGGAAAAAUGCCCUCAGCUGGUGGACUACUUUGUGGUGGCGGGCCUGGCGGAGGGCUCAGUCCCCAUGGACGAGGAGGGAGGUGGGCAGCAGAAGGGAGGAGGAGGAGGAGGAGGAGGAGGCGGAGGCCGCUCUGUGGAGCCCGUCACCGACGUGGUGGUGAUUGCGCGGGGGCUGGGCGAGGACGUGCCCGAGGGCUUCACCUGCAUCGAGAAGACCCAGGGUGGCAACCCGGCCGAGCUCAGUGCUGGCCUCAUCAACAACCCUCACAUGUUCCUGUGCUACCGCCGGGGCCACGACAAGCCCCCCAUCGUGGAGCUGGGAGUCCUUUAUGAGGGUAAGGAGCCCUCCAAGUCUGGUUGGGAUGUGAUUGACCACACCCCAUACGGUCGCUCGGCCAGCCUGACCACGGGCAGCCCCACCAUCCACCGCACCUUCCUCACGUACCGCCGAGCACCGGACUCCCAGGCCCUGAACACACUGGGCGUCACUGACAUCUCCCUACUCAUGCCCAGCAAAGGGGAGUUGGCACCGCACACCUUCAGCAGGGUGGACAAGAACCUGAACACAGGCAUGUGGGGUCCAGCAUUAUACCUGUGUUACAAGAAAGCUGUUGCCAAAGCCAAUGCUCUGGUCUAUGAGGCAGGUCUAAUCAGCCGAUACCCAGAGGAGGACCUGGAAUCCUUCCCUCUGCCAGACUCUGUGCCGGUGUUUUGUCUGCCUAUGGGCGUGACGGUGGAGAGUUGGCCCCUCAACACCAAGUACCAGCUUCCUGUCUUCUCCACGUUUGUCCUCACCAGUGCCUCUGGAGACAAGGUGUACGGCGCCGCCAUCCAGUUCUACGAGGCGUACCCGCGGGAGGCGCUGUCGGAGCGGCAACGCGUGCGCCUGGGCCUGGUGAGCGUGGUGGACCGGCGGCCCAUCACCAGCCGCUCGGUGCAGGUGAAGAAGAGCGUCUGCGUGCUCUCCCACUGGCCCUUCUUCACCGUCUUCCAGAAGUUUCUCACCUUCGUCUACCGCUACUCCAUCUCCGGUCCGCACGUGCUGCCCCUGGAAAAGCACAUCUCCAGCUUCAUGCACAACGUGCCCUUCCCCUCCCCCCAGCGCCCACGCAUCCUUGUGCAGCUGUCCCCUUAUGACAACCUUCUACUGUGCCAACCAGUCUCAUCUCCCCUCCCUCUCAGCGGUGCCAGUUUCCUGAAGCUGCUGCAGAACCUGGGCCCUGAGAACGCCUGUAUGCUGCUGCUGGCCGCGCUGACUGAACAGAAGCUGCUGCUGCACUCUCUGCGGCCCGACGUGCUCACCUCCGUCUGCGAGGCCCUGGUGUCCAUGACUUUUCCUCUCCGCUGGCAGUGCCCCUACAUCCCGUUGUGCCCGCUGUGUCUCGCCGGCAUGCUCAACGCCCCCAUGCCCUUCAUUGUGGGCAUGCAUUCCAGCUAUUUUGACCUCAAUGACCCCCCCUCUGAUGUGGUGUGUGUGGACCUGGACACCAACACCAUAUUCCAAUUGGAGGAUAAGAAGCCAUUGUCAUGGAGAUCACUUCCCAGGAAACAUGGCAAGAUCUUACUGAACUCACUCUCCAACUUGAACAAGACGUUAGAGAAGAUCUGCACGCCGGGCCAGGAGGAGGCCACGCUGGAGUUCCUGCUGACGGACUACGACCUGAUCUACGGGCGGCAGAAGCAGCUGGAGCUGGAGAUCCAGGAGGCCUUCCUGCGCUUCAUGAGCUGCCUGCUCAAGGGCUACCGCACCUACCUGCUGCCCAUCACCCAGGCCCCGUCAGACCGCACUACCGACUGCAGCUCCCUCUUCAACCUGCAGGGGUUUCUUAAGUCUCGGGACCGUACCCAGCAGAAGUUCUACAACCAGCUGACCAAAACCCAGAUGUUCGCCCAGUUCAUAGAGGAGUGCUCAUUUGUCAGUGACCGCCACGUCAGUCUGGAAUUCUUCGAUGAGUGUGUACAAAAGGUGGAUGUGGAGAAGCCGGAGGAGGUGCAUCUGGUGGACCUGGAUGAAACCCACAGUGGGGAGCACACCGUCUUCAUCAUGCCACCGGAGGAGCCUCAGGAGGCGGACGGCUCCGAGUGCCUGGCCCAGUACAGCUACGAGACGUUCCCCAUCCUGCAGCUAGAGCUGUUUGACCGGCCACAGGACCAGCUGCGCGUCCCAACCAAAGGAAGUGCUCCCAGCAGCCCCGCGCCACGCCGCACCAAACAGGAGAUAAAGCUGGCCCAGAAGCGGGCGCAGAAGUACGCCUCGGUGCCCGACAUGUGGUCCAAGUGCCUGCUGGGCCACUGCUACGGCCUCUGGUUCAUCUACCUGCCCACCUUUGUGCGGGCAGAGAGCACCAAAGUGCCAGCCCUGCACAUCGCCUACGAGGUGCUCAAACACAUGGAGACUCGCAAGGUGGUGCUUCCUGAUGAGGUGUGUUAUCGGAUCCUGAUGCAGCUGUGUGGGCAGUACGGCCAGCCUGUGCUUGCAGUGCGGGUGCUUUUGGAGAUGAAGAAGGCCGGCAUAACACCCAACACCAUCACCUAUGGCUACUACAACAAGGCUGUGUUGGAGAGCAAGUGGCCCUCUACCAAUCAGGGUGGCCGUCUGCGCUGGGCAAAGUUACGCAAUGUGCUGAUGGCUGUAGCUCAGUUCAGGCAGCCAAUCAAACAUCGGCAAAAGAGUGACUCUAUAAGCUCCAGAUCAGAUGUCAUCCUCUCCAAGCCCCGCCCGCACUCUGCUUUGGUUCGCCAGUCCAGCUGGAGUGGCUUGAGUGAAAGCUCCAGCCACGAAUCGCUGAAUAGCUUGCUCCCCAAGAGCAACAGCCUUAGCAGCAUGCGCUCCUCCACUGACCAUGACAAGCUGCCCCGGAAAGCACUGCUCCGGAACACUGGCGCGGAUAACCCUGCUGCCCGCAAACCCCCUGCCGGCCCCCAGGAGGCUCCUCCAGGGCUGCCCCCGUCUGGUGUCCUGGUGCGGCGCAGUCAGGUGUGCCUGUCCACCUUCUACAAGGACUGCGCCGAGACGCCCGAAGCCGACCCACACUGCAAGUGCCAGCCAGGGGAGAGGGAGAGCAGGUCCACUGAUGCGAGAGAGAGCUUGAGCAGAAAGACGCUGGAUGAGAACUACAACCACGUGUCAUCCCCGAGAAGCGGCCUGGCGGGGAAGCUGCAGCAGCUGCUGACGCCGACGCGGCACCGGGCGUUCGUGCGGCGUGCGGCCAGUGUAGACGAGCGGCGCCCGGGGGGCAGUAACUCCGGGCCCGGACACAGGGCGGCAGAGCGCAGGCAGGCCCGCAAAGCCCAGGUCACAGAGACCCUCCUCAAGGCCAAGGAGCGGCUGGUCAACGCAACAUCUGAGAGCUCGCUAUCAGUCGGAAGUGACAUUGAUCUGACGGAGCCUCCCGGUCUAAAUUUCACACUGAGGAAAUCCUGGGACCCCACGCCAGAAGGAGCUGGACUUGAGGUGUUGAUGUCCAGUUGCUCUCUGUGCCGGAGCUGCAACUCUCUGAUCUACGAUGAGGAGAUCAUGGCUGGCUGGACGUCCGACGACUCCAACCUCAACUCCAGCUGUCCGUUCUGCUCGGCCACCUUCGUUCCGCUGCUCAAUGCAGAGAUCUGCGACCUGGGUCCCGUCAGCAGCUUAGAGCGGAGCACGUUGAAUGCAGAGGAUGAGGUGGAGAGUGCCAUGAGGCCCCCUGGUGGUCAGGAGAGCUCAGAGCGGCCUCUGCACAACGGCCUGAGCGACGACUCCACCUCCGAGACCAGCGGCUACUCCGAGAGCAGCGGCAGCAACAACACGCUCGACUCUUCAUCUGUCAACGGGCCUCCUCUGGUGACGGUGGCCUACCUGAGCCCGCUGGUGCUGCGGAAGGAGCUGGAGAGCCUCCUGGAGAACGAGGGCGAGGCCGUGCUCUCGCAGCCCCAGCUGCUGGACAGCCACUCCAUCAUCUUCUGGAACCUGGUCUGGUACUUCCAGCGCCUGGGCCUCCCCAGCAACCUGCUGCAGCUCAUCCGCUCCUCACAGCUCGGCGCGCACCUCACACAGACUAUCGAGAACCCCGCGGUGCGAGUGAGGCUUCUCUGGGACACACUGACGCCUGACAUUGACUUCUGGCCUCCGCUCUACGUCCUCUGGAGAAUACACAGUGGUGUGCACAUGCUGCGGUACCACAGCUGGCGGAGGCACAACCACCCCUUCACCCUGAGCUUCCUGGAGGAAGUGCUGCGCUGGGUCGGCAUGAACGAGGUACACAAGGCGGUCACCCUCAUCCUGGAUACCAUCGCCAAGCAACCGGGCAACCCGAAGACCCAGAGGAGUUUGUACAGAGAGAUCCUGUUCCUGACCCUGGCUGCCAUGGGAAAAGAUCAUGUCGCGGCGUUCGAUAAGAAGUACAAGGCGGCCUACUCUCGCCUGAGUGGCUCCCUGGGCCGGGAGGAGUUGCGGCGGAAGCGAGCGCAGCCGCCCAGCCCCAAAGCCGUGGACUGCCGACGCUGCUUCCUGAUGCCUCUGGAGUGCUGAUGACUCCCCUCUCUCCCUUCUCUCUCUCCUCCUCCCUCUCUCGCCCCUGCUCCUCAUCAGGACCAGGGCCCACUGGACCUCCUCACCAACACCAACUCCAACCACUUCAACAUAGCGGUCCUUGCCUUGGCUCCACCUUUGCCUGGCUUGCCUGGUUUCGCCUAAACACCUCAGCAUAUUUUUUCCAGGACCUUGGAACGAGGAGGCUCUGGUAGUGUAACACCACAUCUUAGUCUCAGCCAGUCACACUCCCAACAGCUUACCUUGCAGCUGCCAAUACAACUGAAUAAGAAUUAGAAGGGCAUUGUACCAUUUGAAUUACAGACAGAACACAGUUGGUAUUUUUGGCUAUGGUCAGUGGUCAGCAAAGUGGGCAUAGCAAACCGGUCUCUCACUCAUACCUGAGCUCCUUAACUGUAGUUGUCUUGUGCUGCCUUGUGUUUCUGCCCUGAUGCAUUCUGCAGACUCUUUGUGUGGGCUUGUGCUUUAGACACAAUCCUAAGCUAUGCACCUUGUAUGGACAUCAAACACGCGUUGCAAUGCCUUCAAACUAGAACCUGAUAUCUACUUCUGCGGGGACAAACGAUGAACAGGCAGUGAGACCUCGCAUGUUCUCAUGGCUACAGUCAAUUAGAAAAGGGAUCAAACACCUGCUACUAGCACAGUGUGAAGGGCAAGGGCUUCACCCACAAUCUGCUCUCCAAUUUCACUGAACCUUUUUUACCCUCAUGUUUUUAUACUUCCUAUCUUCUGUUGCCAUCCCAGCCUUCGGUAUGGAGAAGGAGAAACACCUGGCUGGUCUGGAGGUCACGCUCUCCGCACCAUCCUUGAUCAAGUCUGCCCAAGGAGAGAGGAGGUGGUAACGGACAGUACAGUACAACUACGAUUUGAGCAAAGAACAAACACCCAUUUGCGAGUCCAGGUUCAAUCUCGAAGGGAAACACUGACACGAACCGUGAGGAAGAGAACAGAACUUGUUCCUCCGUUGGGGAAGAUCCAGGCAGAGUUCUGCGUGGUCUGGGUCACUGGAGCAGAGGAAGCCAAGAGGAAGUGGAGAUGCUCCGCUGUCAGGCGAAGAGGUUGGGUACAAAUCAGCACUUAGCAUGACCUCAAACCAAAAGACUUCACACACACACACAUACACACAAACACAUGCACACAUGAAAAGGACUGCUAGAUUUUUUUUUUUGUUGUUGUGUUGUUUUUGUUUUGCAAUUCUGUUGCCUGUUGGUCGGUUUGACCAUGACAUGGGACAUGGAGUGUUGAGAGUGUUUAUUCAGAGACUGCGGAGCUCACAGUGAUCUGGAUGACAACUGACAGAAAGGACAGAAAGUCCCUGGCUUAUACGUACUGUCCCACCUGUCAGUGUCACCUACCGCUUUGCCCUUCCUGUGACACAUAUUUUGCCUUGUUCUACUGGUAUAGUACUCUGGUUAACAUGUGUGGUAUCUAUCUGUCUUAUGCCUAUCUCUGUGUGUGUUUCUUUUUUUUUUUUUUUUUUUUUAUCUUUUCACAGCAUAAAGGGAAAACCACUGCACUGCUUUUAAAGCUAGGGAAUUCUCACCACUGUGACUGAUGUCUGACUGCAUUGUUUUAAACCACCUCUGCCGCACACACUCAGACAGCAUUUCAGCAGCGCAUUCGCUCAUAUAAGUCUAGACUAUAUGGGGAAAGCACCUUAGGAUCAAAUCUACUCGAAGCAACUCAGAACUUGCACGUGUUCCAGAAUACACCUCCACUUGAUGUUCAGUACUAGAACUUGCUUUUGGGUUUAAUUGCGAUGGAUGAGCGUGCUGCUCUAAUGUGUUUUUGGCACUGACUUGUAAUGAGAUUUUCUUUAAUUAUUUUUCAGUCGUCUGGGUGCACUAGACAAAAACACAUUUGAGAUUAGAUGCACCUGUCAAUAUGUGAGUGAUAUUGUGGCAGUUUUCUCUAAAUCUAAAAGCGAUGAUUAACCCAGCAAUAGCUUGAACAGCUGCAACAAUGAAUAACUUUAUUCAUUUUUUGAAUGAAGUUUACAGAAUGCUGUUGGACAGGGAUGUUGACAGGAAACAAAUUACAGAUUGACAUUCUCGAUAUUUUGGUCUCGCACCAUGUGACCCAUGAGAUUUUGAGACUAACUCUUUGUAUGUAGUUGUCAUCUCAUUAUUGAACUUGACACUGAGUUAGGCCUGUAAGGAGUAUAUCACAUUUCAGUACCACUGUUUAAAGCUAGAGUAACCAUAGUGAAGAUGUUUAUUUUGUUACAGUAUUUUCGGUAGAGGAGCUCAGCAGUUUGAUACCCCUCAUUAUUUUUUCCUGUGGUUUUAUUUCUCUAGGAAAAAAGAAAGCUGUGAUUUUUGUCAUUUUGUUUGUUUGUUGAAUGUUAAUGUUGAAUGGAUAUUGGGAGAAAAGCUAUAUCCAUUACACUUUAUUUUAGUCUUAAGUUUAAUAAAUUAGUAUAUUCCUAUGGCACUCAUACACCAUUGUAUAAUAAUGUGUUGUAAACAGAAGACCACAGGUCAGAACCUGUGCAAAUAUACGAAGUUUGUGUUUUCUUGCUUCACCCAUUCAAUGCUAAAUUUGCCAAGCUGAGUAACUGCAAUAAUUGGUCAUGACCAGCAGAGGGCAGAAAAUGCCAAAGGAUCAUGCAUGGGAGUAUGCCACUGUGUUUUAAUGCAAUGGACUGGAUACUUGUGAGAGGGAAUUUGACUUCCAGGGUCAGUUUUAAUUUUUUAUGGUUAAAAGAUCACAAUGAAGUAAAGAGAGUAGUAUUUAAAGUUUAUUGUGUUUGCCGUAGUAAUUUAUAUGGUGUUGUUAUGUUGUGAAUUUCUUUGUUUAUUUUAUUUUGUUAAUUUUUUUGUAAGAAAAUAUAAAAAACUAUCUACCCCCAGCUCUCUUUUGUCAUAAUUACGAACUAUGCUGAUGCUUCUUGGUACAUUGACUUAACUUUAAGUACAUCAAGUGCCUCCUGUAUUUGUCAUGUUUUUGACCAAUAGAUAUGUCAUAGGUUUCUGAUCUACCAGUUCAACAUUCAUAUAUUUAUUAAACACUUUUAUUGAAACCG